CUACCAGUGGGAAGAGAGGCAGGGCACUGGGAGAGAGGUUGCUCCGAACUCCUCUCCAAACACAGUUCAAUGACCAGGAGCUUUGGGCUAAAGCGACCGCUCUUUCCUGCCGUGGCGCACUGAGUGCCGCCUGCCUAGGAGUGUUCCUGAAGCAGCCUCUACACCUGGCGCACUUUUGGUAGAAAGGGAGCAGGACAAGACCCUGAAAUGACUUGCCUCCUAAGAUUCGACUGAAGGAGACUUCCUGGAGUGGAAUCCUAGUGGAAUUUGGGUUUGGAGAGGAGUUGUUGCUAAACCUUUUUUUUUCUCUUCCCCCUUUUCUCUCCCGUCAUUGGAAAUGAGCAAAUUGCAUUUGCAUUCCAGAAAGUAGCAACAUUAAACAUCCCAUCCCCCAAAGAAGCACACAUGUAGUAAUGACAAAGGAUUGCAAAGGAGAGAGUGGAUCCAGUUUCCCAGAGAGAUCCCCUUAAAUGGAUUACUAAAUGGGACACUACAUCAGCUAGUUCUGUCCUCUAGCUGCCCAGAUACAUGCACCGAAAAGGGUGAAGUGAAGAAAUAAAGACUCCCAGCUGAACUACUAUGAGGUCAGAAGCCUUGCUGCUAUAUUUCACACUGCUACACUUUGCUGGGGCUGGUUUCCCAGAAGAUUCUGAGCCAAUCAGUAUUUCGCAUGGCAACUAUACAAAACAGUAUCCGGUGUUUGUGGGGCACAAGCCAGGACGCAACGCCACACAAAGGCACAGGCUAGACAUCCAGCUGAUCAUGAUAAUGAACAGAACUCUCUACAUCGCUGCUAGGGACCAUAUUUAUACUGUUGAUAUGGAUACAUCACAUACAGAAGAAAUUUAUUUUAGUAAAAAACUGACAUGGAAAUCUAGACAGGGUGAUGUAGACACAUGCAGAAUGAAGGGGAAACAUAAGGACGAGUGUCAUAAUUUUAUUAAGGUCCUCCUGAAACGAAAUGAUGAUACCUUAUUUAUCUGUGGAACAAAUGCCUUCAACCCUUCUUGCAGGAACUACAAGAUGGAUACAUUGGAUUUCCUAGGAGAUGAGUUCAGUGGAAUGGCCAGGUGCCCCUAUGAUGCAAAACAUGCCAAUGUUGCAUUGUUUGCAGAGGGAAAGCUAUAUUCUGCCACAGUGACUGACUUCCUUGCAAUAGAUGCAGUAAUUUACCGGAGCCUUGGAGACAGCCCAACCCUGAGGACAGUCAAACACGACUCAAAAUGGUUAAAAGAACCUUACUUUGUCCAGGCAGUGGAUUAUGGUGACUACAUCUACUUCUUCUUUCGGGAAAUUGCAGUGGAGUACAACAGUAUGGGAAAGGUAGUUUUCCCACGAGUGGCUCAGGUUUGCAAGAAUGAUAUGGGAGGAUCUCAGAGAGUUCUGGAAAAACAGUGGACUUCCUUUCUCAAGGCUCGCCUGAACUGCUCAGUUCCUGGAGAUUCACACUUCUAUUUUAACAUACUGCAGGCAGUUACAGAUGUUAUCCAUAUCAAUGGCCAUGAUAUUGUCUUGGCAACCUUCUCCACCCCCUAUAACAGCAUCCCGGGCUCUGCAGUUUGUGCCUAUGACAUGCUUGACAUUGCCAAUGUAUUUACUGGGAGAUUCAAAGAACAAAAGUCUCCAGAUUCUACAUGGACCCCAGUUCCUGAUGAACGAGUGCCGAAACCCAGGCCAGGUUGCUGUGCUGGCUCUGUGUCAUUAGAAAAGUACAUAACCUCCAAUGAGUUCCCAGAUGAUACUCUAAACUUCAUCAAAACACACCCUCUCAUGGAUGAGGCUGUUCCUUCAAUUGUCAACAGGCCCUGGUUCCUGAGGACGAUGGUCAGAUACCGUCUGACCAAGAUUGCAGUAGACACUGCUGCUGGGCCACAUCAGAAUCAAACAGUGGUUUUCCUGGGCUCAGAGAAAGGAAUCAUAUUGAAGUUCUUGGCCCGGACAGGAAACAGCGGUUUCCUAAAUGAUAGCCUUUUCCUGGAGGAGAUGAACAUUUACAAUCCUGAAAAAUGCAGCUAUGAUGGAGUAGAAGACAAGAGGAUUAUGGGAAUGCAGCUUGACAAACAAAGCAGUUCUCUAUAUGUAGCAUUCUCUACCUGUGUGAUAAAGAUUCCCCUGGGACGAUGUGAGCGUCAUGGCAAGUGCAAAAAGGCCUGUAUAGCCUCCAGAGACCCAUACUGUGGCUGGGUGAAGGAAGGUGGGGUGUGCACACAGCUGCUAGCUGGUGUAAAGUUGGCAUUUGAGCAGGACGUAGAGCAUGGCAAUACAGAUGGUCUGGGUGACUGCCAAAAUUCCUUUGUAGCACUGAAUGCUAUUUCAACUCCUUCACCAGCUCAUGAAAUAUCUUACAACACAGUGUAUGGCCAUGCCAGUUCACUAGUUCCAAGCACCACCACUUCUGACUCUCCGGCUCAAGAGGGUUAUGAUACUAGGGGACGUAUGCUGGAUUGGAAGGAUCCGGUUGGCUCAUCUGAAAACACAGAUCCAUAUGCAGCAGUCUCAUCCCAUAAUCACCAAGACAAGAAGGGAGUGAUUCGUGAGAGCUAUCUCAAAGGCCACGAUCAGCUGGUGCCGGUCACCCUCCUGGCUAUUGCAGUCAUUCUUGCUUUUGUCAUGGGGGCUGUCUUCUCGGGAAUCAUAGUUUACUGCAUCUGUGACCAUCGCCGCAGAGACGUGGCUGUUGUCCAGAGGAAGGAGAAGGAGCUGUCCCACUCCCGCCGUGGCUCCAUGAGUAGUGUUACCAAGCUAAGCGGUCUCUUUGGGGACACACAGUCCAAGGAGCCAAAACCAGAAGCUAUUCUCACACCUUUGAUGCACAAUGGCAAACUUGCUACCCCGGGCAGCACUGCCAAAAUGCUAAUCAAGGCUGACCAGCACCAUCUGGACUUGGCUGCUCUGCCAACCCCUGAGUCUACCCCAACCCUGCAACAGAAAAGGAAGCCCAGCCGUGGCAGCAGGGAAUGGGAAAGAAACCAGAACCUUAUCAAUGCCUGCACAAAAGAUAUCCCCCCAAUGGCAUCUCCUGUGAUUCCAACUGACCUGCCUCUCAGGGCUUCUCCCAGCCAUAUCCCAAGCGUUGUGGUCUUGCCCAUCUCUCAGCAAGGCUAUCAGCAUGAGUAUGUUGAUCAGCCAAAAAUGAGUGAUAUGGCGCAUAUGGCUAUGGAGGACCAGAAUGCGACACUUGAGUACAAAACCAUAAAGGAGCAUCUCAGCAGCAAAAGUCCCAACCAUGGGGUUAACCUGGUGGAAAAUCUGGAUAACAUGCCACCAAAAGUACCCCAGAGGGAAGCCUCGCUGGGUCCUCCUGGCUCCUCUCUAGCUCAGAGUGGUCUGGGCAAACGAUUAGAAAUGCAUUCCUCUGCUUACAAUGUGGACUACAAGAGAAACUACCCUACGAACUCACUCACGAGAAAUCAUCAGACAUCAACCCUCAAAAGAAACAAUACUAACUCCUCUAAUUCCUCCCACCUCUCUCGAAAUCAGAGCUUUGGCAGGGGAGACAACCCUCCGCCUGCCCCACAGAGAGUGGACUCUAUACAAGUUCAUGCUGCUCAGGCACAGGCUGUGACUGUAUCUAGGCAGCCUAGUCUCACCGCGUACAACUCACUGACAAGAUCCGGGUUGAAACGCACACCCUCGCUAAAACCGGAUGUACCCCCCAAACCUUCCUUUGCCCCGCUUUCGACGUCCAUGAAGCCCAAUGAUGCGUGCACAUAAUCACAGUGGUGUGGGGGGGACAGAUAUUAAACCGAGUUUGCCCUUUAAAGCCAGUGUUCUGCAACUGCAUCACUAGUUCCACUUGACAAGAAGGCUGUUGUUACACCGAGGAUGCGCUGAUCCUGCUCUCUGGGAAAAGUGGAAUUUUUUUUAAACCAAGCCAUCGGAUCCAUGGUGAAGGUUUGCAACUGCAGGACUCACCCCCACUACCUGACAGUUCUUUACUCAAAACACUAACUUAACAUCACAAACGUUGAGCCAAAAGCACACAGGUGAAUGAUGACUGUGACAUUUCACCCCUCUGCCCCAUUGCACAGUGCAU